AUGGACUGCGACGUCGUGGACAGCACCUGGGGCCCCUGGGCCGGGCCCAACUGUCGCGGCGGGCUGGACUUUACGCUCACCUUUGAGGAGGCCAUUCUCACGAUUCUGCCGACGGGGUUGAUGAUUCUGGGUGCGGUCGCCCAGAUUGUGUUUUUGAUCGGCCGGCCACGGGUCGUGGCCAAUGGGUUUUUGAUGUGGGUUAAGCAGGGCCUCACAAUCGUCCUCGGCCUCCUCAAACUCGCCGUCAUCAUGCUCUGGGCCAUCCCCGGCACCGGCGGCGCCCCCCGAACCAACCUCACCCUCCCCGCCGCCGCCGUCAACUUUGUCGGCGUCUUCCCCCUCUCCGCCCUCAGCUACUUCGAGCACACCCUCAGCGUGGCGCCUAGUUUCCUGAUCGAGCUCUACCUGCUCCUCACUAUUCUCUUUGAUGUCGCCCGGCUGCGGACGCUGGGGUUGAUGCCGGAGGGCUCGCAUCGGUCGUUGGCUGCGGCGGAGGGGGUCGCGUUGGCGGUAAAGAUUGCGUUGAUGCUGGUUGAGGCGGCGAGGAAGGAUCGGUUGAUUGCGCCGGAGGUGAAGAGGAAGCAUACGCUGGAGCAGUUGUCGGGGUUUUAUGGACGGUCGAUGUUUUUCUGGUUGGGUGCUACUCUGUGGAAUGGCUUCACCCGCUACCUAGUAGCCACCGACCUCUCCGGCCCGCGCGACGAAGAAUCCGCCGAGCUCCUCCGCGAGCGUUUCCGCGCCACCUGGGCCUUCAACAUGUCCAAAACCCACCCGACCGCCAACCCCCCCGCCAAAUCCGCCCUCUUCACCACCUUACUCACCUCCAUGCCCACCAAAUUCCUCGGCCCCGUCAUCCCGCGCCUCGUCAUCGUCGCUCUCACCCUCACCCAACCCAUGCUUUUGGAACGGCUCAUCACCUUCGUCCAAGGCGGCGCCGUCCACCCCGGCGAGCAGAGCGUGAUUUACUCCGAGCGGAGUGACGUCGGGUAUGCACUGAUAGGCGCCUUCGCGAUACUGUACAUCCUGAUGGCGUUGUUCAACGCGUGGUAUGCGCACGCGUGUAAUAAGCUGGCGUUGGAGAUGCGGAGUGUGUUGAUUGAUAGUUGUUAUCGGCAGUUGUUGAAGAUGAGGUUGGCUGCGCUGGAUGCGGGGAAGGCGGCGACGCUGAUUAAUGUGGAUAUGCAGCAUAUUAUGGAGGGGAGUAAGAUUUUGCAUGAUAUUUGGGCGAGUUUGAUUACGGUCGCUGUGGCGGUUUAUUUGUUGUUUUUGAAGAUUCAGAUGGCUGCACCCCUUGGCCCUCGUCAAGUCGCCUGGCUCGCGGCCACCGAAGCCCGCGUCAAGUCGACCAUGUUCAUGAUCACCGGCUUUAAGGAGGUCAAGAUGCUGGGUCUGUCGCCGGCCUAUACGCAGAACCUGCAGGAACUGCGGUCGACUGAGGUGCUCCUUGGACGCACCGCAGCUAAUAAAGUAGCCGCCGCCUCCACCGAACUCUCCAUCCUCGUCGCCUUCGGCGGUUUCGCCAUCAUCAGCAACAUCCAAGGCAUCCCGCUCACCUUCCAAACCCUCUUCGCCUCCCUCGCCCUCCUCCGCAUCUCCCUCGACCCCCUCUUCCUCUUAAUCCAAGGCACCCCCGCCCUCGUCUCCAUGUUCAAAUGUCUCGGCCGCGUCCAAGACCUCCUCUACGACGACCGCCUCGUCGACUCCGAACAACUCGACCACAACGGUCCCCACGGCGGCCUCGGCUUCAGUCACCCUCCCAACCCCUACGGCCACUCCUCCGUCUCGUCCACCGCCGAACUGAUGAAAAACGCCCAUCAGAUGAUGGAUCCGUACCAGGAGAAUUUUCAACAACAGGAACCGGGCCAGGAGCCGGGGGUUCCGUUGUUGGAGGUGCAGGAGCAUCAUCUGCAGCCGCAUGUGUCGCAGCAUUUGCAUGGGCAUGGGCAUUAUCGGUAUAAUAGUGGGGUGGAUAUGACCGAGUUGGUGGAGAUUCUGGAUGCGUCGUUUUGCUGGAAGAGUAAGGAGGAUGUGCCGGCUAUGUCGGUGCCCGCGCUGACUAUUGCGCCGGCGUCGUUUACCGCUGUUAUUGGGCCCGUCGGCUCGGGCAAAUCCACCCUCCUCAAAGGCAUCCUCGGCGAGAUCGAGCACAUCUCCGGGUCCCGACAGAUGCGCCGCGGUCUGCGUGUGGCUUUUUGUGACCAAGAGCCGUGGCUGAUGGACCAGAGCGUGCGGGAGAACAUCAUCGGGUCGCGGGCGUUUGAGCCCGAGUGGUAUGCGCGCGUUAUCGAUGCGUGUGCCAUGGCGCCUGAUAUCGAGGGGUUUGCGGAGGGUGAUGAGAAGAAUGUGGGCAGUGGUGGCUCGGCGUUGAGCGGGGGGCAGAAGAGUCGUGUUGCCCUGGCCCGUGCGGUGUACUGCCGUCCCGAACUCCUCCUCAUGGACGACAUCUUCAGCGGCCUCGACCGCAAAUCCUCCACCCACAUCUUCACAUCCGUCUUUGCCGAGGACGGGCUUCUCUCCAAACUCGGCUGCGCGGCCGUCCUCGUCACCCAUUCCACCCAAUUCCUCCCCCGCUUCAACACCAUCCUCCUCAUCAACAACGCCACCAUAACCCACCGCGGCACCUACGAAGAACUGCUCGCCUCCGGCGCCCUCGACGAAUCCGUCCUCCCCCACGCCUCCUCCGGCUCCGGAUCCCCAACCACCGCCAAACCGGCCGCCAGCGCAGGCGACUCAGUCGAGGUCACCAGCGACGGCAAGAUUGUGCUCAAGAAUGCGCCCCUCGAUACGGAGGAGACGCAGGCGAGUCGCGCGCCGUCGGAGUGGGCCGUGUAUGGGUACUUUUUGAAGUCGUGUGGGGUGAUGGGGAUUACGCUGUUUUUUGUGCUGGCGGGGGUGUUGGCUGGGGAGCGGUCUUUUGAGACGGUGUGGCUUAAAAUGUGGGCCGAGGAUCCAAACCCGUCGCUGAGCUACUAUAUUGGGGUCUUUACGGGUCUUAUCGUGGGAGGUGUGUCGCUAUUGGGUGGGAUUUGCGUGGCCUCCAUCACCUACGUCGUCUCUGUCGGAUCCCACACCAUCGCUAACAGAUUCAUCCAAGACAUCAUGCUAGUCGACGACGAGCUCCCCAUGGCCCUCGUCAACACAACCACCUCCUUCUUCGGCGUCGUCGCCGAAACCAUCAUCGUCAUGAUCUCCUCCAAAUACGUCUCCGCCUCCAUCCCCAUCCUCAUCCUCGUCCUCUUCGUCAUCCAAAAGUUCUACCUGCGCACCUCCAAGCAGCUGCGUCUGAUCGACAUCGAGGCGAAAGCCCCGCUGUCUGCUUUCCUGCUUGAGACCCUGCAGGGCAUUGUGUCUAUCCGUGCUUUUGAUCGGACGGGCGAGUUCUCGGCGAAGAACACGGAGCUGCUGAAUUUCUCGCAGAAGGCGCAUUACACGCUUGUGUCGGUGCAGGUGUGGCUGAAGAUGAUUUUGGAUUUUGUGGUUACGCUGCUGGCCAUUAUGGUGACUACCCUGGCUGUGACGCUGCGGUCGGAUCAAUCGCUGGGUUGGUUGGGGUUGGCGCUCGUCAACUUGAUCUCCCUCAGCACCAGCUUCAAGUACCUCAUUACCUUCUGGGCCAACCUCGAAACCUCCAUCGGUGCCGUCGCCCGUAUCCGCCGCUUCAAUCUCGACGUCGAGCCGGAAGAGAUGUUCCAGCUGCCCCCGCCGCAUCCGGCCUGGCCGACCGAGGGCGGUAUCGAGAUCGAGCGUCUGACUGCUUCCUACAGCCCGAACACCCCCCCAGCUAUCAACAACAUCAACCUGAAAAUCGAGCCGGGCAUGAAAGUGGCCGUCUGCGGGCGCUCUGGAAGCGGCAAAUCCUCCCUAAUCGCCACCCUCCUGCGCUGCCUCGAACUCAACUCCGGCACUAUCACCAUCGACGGCCUGGACGUCUCCCGCCUCUCCCGCGAUGCCGUCCGCAAACGCAUCAUGACCCUCCCACAAAAAUCCCUCUUCAUCCACGACUCCAUCCGCGCCAACAUGCUCAUGUGGGACGAUUCGGCCGCCCACGCCUCCCGCACCGAAGCCGAGACCGACCGGCUCAUCGAGACCUUCCUCCGCAAGAAGAAGAAGAAGUCCAAAUCCGAUGAUGGGACGGAAGGCAAAGACAAAGACGACGGCCCCGUAACCCUCUCCAGCCCGCUCAACCCCGAAGAACGUCUCUCUAUCGGGCAGCAGCAGCUCUUUUGUCUUGCGCGGGGUCUCUUCCAGCGUGGGGACUCGCAGAUUGUGUUGAUGGAUGAGUUUACGAGUAGUAUGGACCAUGAAACGGAGGCGUUGGUGCGGGAUAUUGUGGAGCGGGAUUUGAAGGGGAAGACGGUGAUUGAAGUGUUGCAUCGGUUGGAGCAUAUUUUGGAUUUUGAUUUGGUGGUGGUGUUGGAGAAGGGGAAGAUUGUGGAGGUUGGGCAUCCGGAGGAAUUGUUGCAGGAUGAGGAGGGGUUGUUGAGGGAUUUGUAUCAGAGUAUGAGGGGGUAG